AUGACGGCCGUCCGGCGACGCGCUGGCGAUGCCUUUGAAAUACACGAGGAUGUGCCACGCACGGAAGACACAGAAAUGAUGGUCGAGUCCGAACUCCGCACAGAGGAAGCGGUACCAGAAGAGGUUCCGGAAGAAGUCCCAGAUGACAAAUACGCCGAUUCGGAAUACCCAAGCGACGGCUCUUCUCUGACCUCAGAAGAACCAGAGGUCGACUCAGGCGUGCAACAAGAGAUGGACAGGCUGCAAGAAGUAUUUCCAGGCUUUCGAAACCAGUACCGACUGAUUAAGCGCAUUGGGGAGGGCACUUUUUCGACCGUCUACAAAGCCGAGGACUUGCUCUACGAAGAAUACGACAAUGAUUGGGACGUGGACGGACACCAUGACGACAGAGAUCGCUACGGCAGGAUGAAGGCGCGUGCAGGGCGCUUCGUUGCUGUCAAGAAGAUUUACGUCACCUCGUCACCAUCACGUAUCUUUAACGAACUUGAGCUGCUGUACGACCUGCGCAACUCUCCGUCAGUGUGUCCCCUGAUCACCGCGUUUCGCUCUACCGACCAGGUCCUUGCAGUUCUGCCCUACUUCCGCCACGAGGAUUUUCGCGACUACUUCCGCCAGAUGACGAUCUCUGAUAUAGUCGUCUACAUGCGCUCACUCUUCAUGGCCCUUACCUUUGUGCACGAGAAACGAAUUCUGCAUCGCGACAUCAAGCCAACCAAUUUUCUCUACGACCCUUCCUCUCGCCGUGGUGUCCUCGUCGACUUUGGCCUUGCCGAGCGCGAGGGUGUCGAUGCGAAACCCUGCCUCUGCCACGAACAGUCCGGUGUCCGGCGCAGUCGUCUGGUCAACAGCGUCGCGCACCUCAACGGCCCUCAGACGGGCUACCCCAAGAACGACACAAGACCCUCGCGCCGCGCCAAUCGCGCAGGUACUCGUGGCUUCCGAGCCCCUGAGGUCCUGUUCAAGUGCACAGAGCAGACGACCAAGAUUGAUAUCUGGAGUGCCGGUGUUAUCCUACUCACGAUCCUGAGCAAACGCUUUCCCUUCUUCAACAGCGCCGACGACGUCGAGGCCAUGAUUGAGAUUGGCACCAUGUUCGGCACCAAGAAGAUGCGCGCCGCGGGAGCCCUGCACGGCUGCAUGUUCGAGACGAACAUUCCCACCAUUGGCCUCAGUGGCUUCUCCCUUGAAAAGCUCGUGCUGUGGUCUACGUGUCGGUCGCCCAACGAUCGCGAGGGCGACCCCAGAGGCCAACCCCUCAACGAGGAAGAAAAGAUGGCUGUCAGUUUCCUGGAGAGGUGCAUGGACUUGGAUCCGGCAAAGAGAAUCAGUGCUAAUGAUGCUCUGGAUCACCCAUUCUUGGCUGAGGGGCUUCCCUUGGUUCGCGAAGAUGCUUAUGAUGAAAUGGCUUUGGUGGAAUCUUGA